GCGGCGGGUCCCGCGCGGCAGGUGCGGCCCGUGCCCCGGCCCAGCCCGCCCCGCGCCCGCGCCGCCGCUUCCGCCUGCACUUCCGGGCGGCCGUUGCCCCCGGCCCGGCGGGCAGCACCUGGGGCUGGAGGCCUUCUCUGUUGGCUGAAAUGUCUAUGAUUCUGUCGGCCUCUGUCGUUCGUGUUAGAGAUGGACUGCCACUUUCUGCUUCCACCGACUAUGACCAGGGCACAGGCGUGCAGGAGUGCAGAAAGUACUUUAAAAUGCUCUCAAGGAAACUUGCUCAGCUUCCUGAUAGAUGUACGCUGAAAACUGGACAGUACAACAUUAAUUUUAUUAGCUCUUUGGGAGUGAGCUACAUGAUGUUGUGCACUGAAAAUUACCCCAAUGUUCUGGCCUUCUCUUUCCUGGAUGAGCUUCAGAAGGAGUUCAUCACUACCUAUAACAUGAUGAAGACCAAUACUGCUGUCAGACCAUACUGUUUCAUUGAAUUUGAUAACUUCAUUCAGAGGACCAAGCAACGAUAUAAUAAUCCCAGGUCUCUUUCAACAAAGAUAAAUCUAUCUGACAUGCAGACAGAAAUCAAGCUGAGGCCCCCUUACCAAAUUUCCAAGUGUGAACUGGGUUCUGCCAAUGGAGUUACACCUGCAUUUUCUGUUGACUAUAAAGGUGCUGGUAAGAUUUCUUCUGCUCACCAGCGAUUGGAACCAGCAACUCUAUCAGGAAUUGUGGCAUUUAUCCUUAGUCUUUUAUGUGGCGCUCUGAAUUUAAUUCGAGGCUUUCAUGCCAUAGAAAGUCUCCUGCAGAGUGAUGGUGAGGAUUUUAACUAUGUCGUUGCAUUUUUCCUUGGCACAGCAGCCUGCCUCUACCAGUGUUAUUUACUUGUCUACUACACCAGCUGGCGGAAUGCCAAGUCCUUCCUGACGCUCGGCCUCAUCUGCCUGUGCAACUUGUAUCUCUAUGAGCUGCGCAACCUCUGGCAGCUCUUCUUCCAUGUGACUGUGGGGGCGUUCGUCACGCUACAGAUCUGGCUCCGGCAAGCCCAGGGCAAGGCCCCUGAUUAUGAUGUCUGACACCAGUCUCAGGACCGAGUGCCUUGGCCUCAGCAGAGAAGGAAGGAGUAUGUUUUUAACUGCCACUGUGAUGAAUAAACUGUCCACCACCAAUGAGAAGCUCUGCUUUCUUUCUCUCCAACUGUCCUUUUGUUUUAAGUCAGAGGGCAUGCUCGGGAGCGCCUUCCCCUACGAAGAGCCGUUGGCGUGAGGUGAUGCUGGAGGAGGAAGAGAAGCCCUCUGUGCGGGAUCGGUCACAGGCUCCCGGGGACUGGCCAGCAGCCUGGGAGCCCGGUGAAGCACACCAUCAGCAGACACCGGCAGCCCACCUCUGAGGACCAGGCAGGGGCCCCCCGCAUGGGCUGGGCCCCGGAGGCUGCCACCCACCGGGCGGUUGAGGUCGGAAGCACGUGACUGCUCGCUCUCAGAUUACUUGCACAUUUUGGGAGCCAUGAGUUUGUAAAGUUCAAAGGGGCAUGGAAUUCGUUCUUUCUCCUUUUGUAGUUUUGCUUGAAAUCCAGCAGUGGGAAUCACCUGAUGUAGGAGAAGGCUGUGGAAAGCUCAUCUGUGGAACAUCGAGUGUUGAAAACUUAGUGACAUAAGUUUCCUUUCUGGGCCAUGUUUGUAGUUCUUUGGAAAUCACUUUUAAAAAAUAAGAUUUGUUGGGUUUUAGCUUUGUUUCCCAAACUCAAAGUACUUAAAUGCUGCAUAUGCUGUUAUCAACUUAAUGGUAAAAAUCUAAAUUUGCUUAAUUUAUAAAUCUAGAAAACAUUAAACUUCCUCAUAUCCAGUCCCUGGCUUUGCAUUGAUCCCCUGUGCACUGCCAGGAGUGACCUCCAAACCCCUGAGAAAACCGCUAGGUGUGGCCCCCAAAAUCAAGAUCAGUCAGUAGGCUGUGUCAAAAGGAAAUUAUCGAAGUGGAAGGCCAGCACCAAUUUGCAUAAAUGAAAGGUGACUACAAAAUCAAUCAAAUCAAAUUUUAUUAUUUAGUAAAUGUUAGCAGUGCCUGUCAAGGCUCGGUCCAAGAAAUCCUUUGUUGCUUGUAGUAAGAGCUGUUGUCCAGCGCCAGAGCGGUCUGCCAAACCCCCAAAGGAUGAGAGGAUCGCAGAGGGGACGCUUUUGUCCCUGUCGCUCACCACUGCGCAUGUGCACGUGGUGGGCUUGCCCGCGUGCACCUGUGCUCUACCGAGAGCCUCAUCCCUGUCACUGAGAGAACCAGCCUGGCAACUCCAAGGAGGAGGCCCUCUGGGACAUGGCCUGUGCUCAGACCAGCAGGGCGUUCACUUUUCACCCAGCAGCCCUUAGGGGGAGUGGGAUGCUAGUAUUUCAGGGAACUUCCUUGCUUUUGAAUCCUGUUCUGAAGAGUGUUUAGGCAGUACGGUCGUAAGCCUACCGGGAGCACGGUUCGAUUCCAUUAGCAAAGUCUGUGGCUCUCCCAGUAUUGGAAGACAUCUUCAUGGGGGAUUUCCUUUUCCUUCUCAAAAGAAAAAUUCCAGGCCAGGAUUUCAUACAGUAUUACAGGUUGCUAUCCAGAAGAUCAGUGGGCCCGUGACAUAGAACUUGUGUUAGGAGAUUGUGUGAUAUUAAGUAAAAGGAGUGGAGAGGCAGCAGAUUCAUUGAGCUUCCUAGUUUGCUGGGGCAGGUGUGUACUUAUGUCAACAAUUCUAAAAUCCAACUCCUAUCGUUGUGCUGCAUUUUCCUUUGAAUAGAAUGGAAUGAAAGGAAGACAGUGAACUUUUAAUAUCAGGUAUUUAUUUAAAUCAGAUUAAUAUUCUGAAAGAUUUUCCAGGAUAUACCACAUAAUCCCAGAUAAUCAGUUAAAAAAAUUUUUUUUAAUUUAUGUUUUGUCAUUACUGACCCAGAAAAGUGAAGAUGUUUCAUUUGGAAUAGUUUUUCUAAAAGAACAGCUAGCAUAAAAAUUUCCUUGUGAGUAUUCAGUUUAAAGAGGAAUUUGGAGCAUUCUGAAAAACUGCAGUUUUGCUGUUACGUAUUAUGUAUUGAUCCACUACAGUUUUCUUACCAGAUUGGUUCUUCUUUUCAUUGCAUUUUUGAAUCAUAGUAUUUUGUAAUUUGGAUUCAUUCCACAAAGACACUUAAAAAUUCACCAGCUAUCUUUAAAGACAAUUUGCUUUUUUUUGUUUGUUUGUUUUGUUUUUCACAGACUACUUUGGAUAAGGGAAUGUUUACAUUUUGAUGGUAACAAAAGAAACCAGGUAUAAAUACUGUUUC